AUGUUUGGACAAUCAAGAGAUGAAGAAGUUAUUGAGAUGGAUAAUGUUAAGCUUAUAGAAAAUGAAUCGCUCCAGCAAACUUUAAUUAUGAGAGAACAAGACAAACAAUUAGAAUCAUUGUAUGGAACAGCUCGAAAUAUUCAUGAAAUAGCUGCGACUAUUGGCAAUGAACUUGAAGAUCAGAAAUUUGAUGAACAAAUAGAUCGUAGCCAAAGCAGAUUGAGUAGUGCUAUGAAAAAAGUGACAUAUGUCAUUAAAAAAAAUGAAGAUAAUUUGGUGGAAUUUAUUGAUGACGCUCAUAAAAAAUUUGGUAAAGGACACGGUAAUAAUAAAAAAAAUUGUAGAAUUUAUAUGGUCGAUGAAAACGACAGAAUAAUCGAUGAUUGUAUAGACGAUAACAAAAUCGAAAGUUAUAAUCAUGAGAAAACAUACAAACACGAUAAUUUCCCAAAUUAUCAAGUCAGAUUAAAUGAAAUGAGGGAACCAAAACUUUGCGAUACAAGUGUAAAACAGUAUUCUGGAUAUUUGGAUGCUCCUGAUGAUAAGCAUUUCUUUUUCUGGUUCUUUGAAUCAAGGAAUAAUCCAUCUGAAGAUCCUAUAGUUCUUUGGCUUAAUGGAGGUCCAGGAUGUUCUUCUUUGACUGGGUUAUUCUUAGAACUUGGUCCUUGUAGUGUUAAGGAGGAUGGAUCUGACACCAUAUAUAAUCCUCAUUCAUGGACAAAUAAUGCCAAUAGCGUUUCAAAUACGCUUGCUGCAGCAACUGAUGUAUAUGCAUUUUUGCAAAUCUUCUUUAAAGAGCUUGAGCAGUAUGCUAAAUUGGAUUUCCACAUUGCCGGUGAAUCAUAUGCUGGUCAUUACAUACCAGUACUUGCAUCAGAAAUUAAUAAAAACAACAAAAAGUUAAGAGAUCACCUACCAAUAAAUCUUAGCACUGUUAUGAUCGGUAAUGGCCUUGUAGAUCCAUUAACCCAGUACAAGUAUUAUCCUGACAUGGCAUGUAAUUCAAGUUAUGGUCCGGUAUUAGAUCAAGGGACGUGCGAUGGUAUGAGAAAUGCCUACGCAAAUUGUGCUUCUAUGAUCAAAAAGUGUUACGACUCGCAAAAUGUAUUCGUCUGUUUACCUGCCUCUCUUUAUUGCAAUCGUCAAAUCGUCCAGCCAUUCUUUAAGUCUGGCAAAAAUCCAUAUGACAUUAGAAGAGAUUGCGAGAAUGAUAAAAAUAAUUUGUGUUAUCCAAUCUUGGAUGUUAUUGAGUCAUAUUUAGAUCGAGAAGAUGUUAAAACUGAGUUAGGAGUGGACCCAGGAAUAGAAUUUAAAACUUGUAACAUGAGAGUCAAUUUCCAAUUCCAAAUGGCAGGUGAUUGGAUGAAACCAUAUCACAAGUUAAUACCUGGGCUAUUAGAUGAUGAUAUCCGUGUUCUGAUUUAUGCUGGCGAUGCUGAUUACAUGUGUAAUUGGAUUGGCAGUGAUGCCUGGGUCAAGGAAUUGGAAUGGUCAGGAAAAGAAAGUUACAAUUUAGCCAAUGAGACAUCAUGGAUUGUCAAGAGUACUUUAGACAAGGCCGGUACUAUUAAACAUCAUGAAGGACUCGCCUUCUUGAGAAUCUACGAAGCUGGUCACAUGGUCCCAUAUGAUCAACCAAUAAAUAGUUUAGAUUUCUUUAAUAGGUGGCUAUGGAAAGACUUGUAA